GGAGGAGGAGAGCCGACCCUUCCAGCGCCGCUCUCCGGGCGAUGCCAGUGUAAAUGCCAGGGCAAUGUCCCGACGCAAGCAGGGGAACCCGCAGCACCUGCCCCAGAGAGAAAUAACCCCGGAGGUGGAGCAUCCAGAUGGCGCUCUGCUGUCCGACUCCCUGCCCCCCCACCCGCUCGGCCUGCCCUCCCAUCCACUCGGCCUGCCCCCCCACCCCCUGGACCCCAGCUUGGCCCACUCCCUGCCGCCCGGCCUCCACGCUGACCACGACCUGCUGACCUGCGGCCAGUGCCAAAUGACCUUCCCACUGGGUGAUAUACUCCUCUUCAUCGAGCACAAGAAGAAGCAGUGCCAGACGCCGCUGCUGGCGAAUGGCUGCUACGACAAGAUGAACGACCGGGGAGGAGGUGGAGGAGGAGGAGGAGGGAGUCCCACGCUGCAGAGCCUUCAUCACUAUGCCCAGCGGGUGGAGCUAAGGAAGGUGGUGGAGCCGGUGGAGAUCGGAAUCCAGGUGACACCAGAGGAGGAGGAGGAGGUGGGAAGACGGAGGGAAGGAGGUGAGAGGGGAGAGAAGACACCCACCAAAGGAAUUUGCCCCAAGCAGGAGAACACAGCGGCUGGUGGCAGGGAUGAACCCUCCAGCUACAUAUGUACCACCUGUAAGCAUCCCUUCCCCAGCGCCUGGUUUCUGCUGCAGCAUGCCCAGAAUACCCACGGCAUCCGCAUUUACCUGGAGUCCAACCCCUCCAGCACAGCCCUCACCCCUCGGCUUACCAUGCCUCCACCCAUGGGCAACGACUCCAUCCCGCAGUCCCCCCUCACCAACUUCCUGGGGGACAACAACCCCUUCCACCUCCUGAGGAUGACAGGGCCCCUGCUCAGGGAGCCCCCCCCAGGCUUUGUUGAAAACCGUCUCCCCAACACCCCUCCGUUUGUCAGUCCGCCUCCCCGCCAUCACCUGGACCCCCAUCGGCUGGAACGCCUUAGCGCUGAAGAAAUGGGGCUCAUCUCCCAGCACCCCAGUGCCUUUGAGAGGGUGAUGCGGCUGACACCCAUGGCCAUGGAGUCCCAGUCCAUGGACUUCUCCAGGCGGUUACGUGAGCUGGCAGGGAACACUAACAGCACCACACCACCGCUGUCACCCAGCAGGCCCAACCCUAUGCAUCGACUACUAAACCCCAAUCCCUUCCAACCGGGGCCAAAAUCACCCUUUCUGAGCACCCCUCCCUUACCCCCGAUGCCCCCAAACAGCACCACCCCUCCCCAGACACAGAACAAGGUCAAGUCCUGUGAGUUCUGCGGUAAGACUUUCAAGUUUCAGAGCAACUUGGUGGUGCAUCGGCGCAGCCAUACUGGAGAAAAACCAUACAAGUGCCAGCUGUGUGACCAUGCCUGCUCCCAGGCAAGCAAGCUGAAGCGCCACAUGAAGACCCACAUGCACAAGGCUGGAUCCCUGACGGGGCGCUCAGAUGAUGGUCUGUCCACCACCAGCUCCCCAGAGCCAGGCACCAGCGAUGUCACCGGAGAAGGCAUGAAAAAUCGAGAUGGAGACUUCCAGGGGGAGGGAAAUGAGGAGGAAGAGGAGGAGGAAGAAGAAGAAGAACUUGAGAAUGAGAGUCGACCAGAAUCAAACUUCAGCAUGGAGUCUGAGUUCUACCGGAACAGGGAGAAUGGUUCCAAACCUCCUUCAGAAGAGAAGUCAUCCCUUACUCUUGAGAAGAUGGUGGACGGUGGGGGGCUCAAUUCUAUACAGCAGUACAAUAAUUUGAUAGUUGACAAUCGAAAAAGGAUGCCCUUCUCAAAGAGGGGCUCAGACGGCCAGCGGGACACUGGAGAUGAGGAUUCAGUGGCUGGGGAGAUGGAUCACCACCAGCAGGAAGAGAGGACAACCAUUAACGGCCGGAACUGUGGCUCCGGUGAUUCUUUCUCAGGCCUGUUCCCCCGUAAGCCCACCCCUAUAACCAGCCCAACCCUGUCCAACUCCUCCAACAAGAGGAUCAAGAUUGAGAAGGACUUGGACAUUCCCCCAGCGCCCCACAUCCCCUCUGAGAACGUGUACUCCCAGUGGUUGGUGGGAUAUGCUGCGUCACGCCACUUCAUCAAAGACCCUUUCUUAGGCUUCACUGACUCCAGACAAUCGCCCUUCGCCACCUCCUCUGAGCACUCAUCAGAGAACGGAAGCCUGCGGUUCUCGACGCCUCCAGGCGACCUGCUGGACGGCGGCUUGUCCGGCCGCAGCGGGACGGCCAGCGGGGGCAGCACACCUCAUCUAGGUGGAGGUCCCGGUCCGGGUCGACCUAGCUCCAAGGACAGCAGGAGGUGCGACACCUGCGAAUACUGUGGCAAGGUGUUCAAGAACUGUAGCAACCUGACCGUACACCGGCGUAGCCACACCGGCGAGCGGCCCUACAAGUGUGAGCUUUGCAACUAUGCCUGCGCCCAGAGCUCCAAGCUGACACGCCACAUGAAAACACACGGCCAGCUCGGUAAAGAGGUCUACCGCUGUGACAUUUGCCAAAUGCCCUUCAGCGUGUACAGCACUCUGGAGAAACAUAUGAAAAAGUGGCACGGAGAACAUUUGAUGACCAGUGAGGUCAAAAUUGAACAAGCAGAGAGAGCCUGAAGCUAGUUCUGUGUUUCCAUUCUCUGCACCACACUUUGACUUAAAAAAUGAACAAAAUGGGGUAGCUGGAUACUUUUUUUAAUAUUAAAAAAUAUUAAUUUUGGGAUCAUUUUGUGUUUUUAUUAAAAAAAAACUGCCAACUGAGAAAAUAGUGAACAGAGAUCUUAACAUCAGCUGAAGUUGUCUAAACUGCCUCAUUUGGCAUUAAUUUUUAAACAAUCAGUCAGUUGAGUUAUAAAAUAUGUGGAGCCUUUAACUGUGCAAUAAUUUCUGUAUUUAUUCGAUUUUGUAUUUUGGCAUGUGCAGGUACACUUUGAUUAGGCUUUUUUUAAUUGGUUUUACUUUGACUUUGCGUUCUUCUAUUUUUUUUAAACCCACAUAAUAUCCUGAGAGUUCUUUAGAGGUCAAAGUCCAUUUUAAGUCUUUUUUUUGGCCACUGCUUGUAGGAAAUUGUAUAUUAAGCUAAUGUGUAAUUUCUUGAAAAGAUGCUGAAUUCAAUCUUCAAUUUAAAAGUGGCGUUAACUGAGAAUGCUAGAUUUAGUCUAUUUUGUGUGACGACGAUACGCGGACAACAAUCCUUUGGCAUUGUAGCAUGAACUGACUCUAAAACAUGUCAAUAUAAUUGGAUAUGUAGCACUGAGUGUCAUAUUUGACAGUAAAUGUAAAACAAAAGAGGAUCCCAAGGUUCCUGAACCCUGUCUCCUCAUGAGAACAUCCUAACCAGCCAGAAGAAACUGAUUCUAGAUAAGGCAGCUGCUGACUGGUACCCAGUACCACGCUCUGACAACGCUACGACAACCAUCCCGUUUCUUCUACUUUCCACACACCUCACCACAUUUAUGCAUCCAUGUGUUUUAUUUUGCAUGAAGCCAUAUGAUCGAGGCUAUAUUAUUUAUUGGGAGGAAGUGAGCAUGAAGCCAUGAUGAGGAUGCAUUGAGAGAGAGAGAGAGAGAGCGAGAGCACAGGGACAUCUCAGGGUAAACUAUACUACUUUCCCUUAUUUACCCAUUUCUUCUGAAACUGCACUCUUGCAGUUAACUUUCAAAGCAUUUCCAAGGCAUCAUUAGAGACAGUUUAUGAAUUCUCUGCAGCACCUCUCACCAGGCUAAUGUCCGAGCUCUAUCCGCACUGCAAAGCAGACAUUUGUAUUUUAAAACCUCUGUGUCCAAUAACAGCGCUUCGAGAGUUAAAUGUUUGUGCAUUCUUGGCAUUUGCCCCCACAUUAAUUAGACUUCUGCAGAUAAUUUACCUUUCAGAGUUUAAUGUUAAAAACAGUAUAAAAAUCAACAGCCCUAUGCAUUUUGUGCGGACAUAUAUAAAAUCUGCUGAAUUGACGUGAGGAGUGAAUCUGACCUGUAAUGUUCCAGUGAGUCUUUAAAUGUCUCAUUAAUGAAGUCGCCUCUUCAGGAAAUUGGAGCUCUUCAAAGUUUCAUUGUUAGUUGUGGGACACGUUUGUGUAGAAGAGGACAUGUAUUGGUGUGUGUUGAAAUAAUAAAAGAAACUUUUAUGAAGACAAGCAGCAUCAGUUUGCUCCAUGCCCUUUUCUUAUUUCCCCAUUCUCCACCUUCAUGACGGCACUUUUAAAGAAUUAGAUCUAAUUUCCAUUCUGUCGACGUACAAACAACAGACCUGCACUUUAUGAUUUCUUUUCUUUCAACACACACACACACACACACGCACACACGCACACACGCACACACACGGUGAGCUGGACAGAAACCUACUGAAGGGUCUGGAGCUUGGGAUCUGCUGAUGCUGAAGUGUCCAGGAUUGUUAGCUUGGCUUUCCCAAUGCUGGCACUAUAAAAACGAGUAAAUAAAUUCAUUGAUCUGGGACAGUUUUUGUACUGCCAUUCAAUUUGACAUGAGUGUGCCUUGAAUAAUGAUCUUCCUAUUUAUUGUCUCAAACACUUUUUAUGAAGCAUCAAAUUGAACAAGAUUUAAAAACGAAAAGCAUAACUUUAAUGUGGAAUUUGACGGAAUUAUUUAACAGGAUAAAAAUGAAACAAUGCUGAGUUUUGGUUUAGGAGUAACCAGCACAAUAUCAAUGUGUCUGUUUGUGUAUAUAUGUAUGCAUAUGUACAUAUAAAGGCACAAACCUAUAUAUAGAUCUAUAAUAAAUUCCUCACUCUCUCGGACCAGAGUCUGUCCCUCAGCAGAAGAUUUCAGGAACAGACAAAAGCCAAACAAAAUGUCAAGGAAGAGACUGGCAAAAAAUCAGGAAAAAAAAAGAAUUUAGUGCACUCUGUCUUAAAAUAAGUUUACAGUAUUGAUACAAGUACAAGGGUAAAAUAAUAUUUGUGUGUAUGUGUAUUUUAAACAAGUAUUUUUUAUUUUAUUUUUAUUUUUACAGGUUUGCUUCUGAACUUUCUCUGAAUGCCGAAGUGGCGAUGUGUAUAUUGUUUUCAUUCUUUUUUCCUUUUUCUUCCUUUUUUUUUUUGGUGACGGGGUUUUAGUAUAUAUAUAAAUAUAUAUGAAUAUAUAUUACAUUUUUCUUGUUUACUGUAAAAGUAUACCAGUAUUUGUAAUAUUGGAGAAUGCCUGGGCAUUUUACAAAAAUAUAAAAAAGGUUGUUUUUUAUUUUUUAUUUUACAGUCCAAUUUAAAUUGUGGGUCUCUUAAACUGUUUUUGUCACUGUAACUGUAUAAGUCUUAAGUUUUAGUAACUUUUCUUCUGCCUUGGGUGUAAUGAAAUUUAAAAAAAAUAAUAAAUGAAUUAAAAAAAAUGAGUGAGCUGUAACAAACUUGGAUUUGGUAGUGGAGCUGGGCUGUAGGGCGGGUGGACGGGUGCUUUAUUCCUCAGAAAUGAUGGAACUUUGGUUCUACUUUUCAGGAAAAACACUGAAAAUCCUGACUUGUAUCUAUUUUUCUUCUUCUGGAAUGGAUUAUUCUUCAUGGGUGGUUUGAAAUACAUGUGUAGGCACUUGCUGUCUUUCCUAAGGAGCUUGUCUUCUUCUUCUUUUUUUUUUUUAACUUGUAGGCUGUGUGCAUCCUUUGUGAAUAGGGUACUCUGAGUACCUCAGGACGUCUUGCUCUUCUAUUAGAUGCUGUGGGGUGGGGGGGACUUUAUUCCAAUGACCAAUUCAACUUACCGGCUGCCACAAUCUGUUUUUCCUCUCAGUGUGCAGGACAAGCAGAUGAAUUUGUACUGUUGUAAUGAAUCAUGUUGUACAGAAUGGGAUCAAAAAGGUUGUUAAACAGCCUUUCAGUGACUCAAACACAAGCUGAUGUUUUGUUUACCACUCCAUUGGUUGUAUAUAGUUUUUCUAUGACUACGCUGUUUUCAUUUGGGUUUUUUUGUUUGUGAUUUCUAACUGGCACUGGUAGUGACUUUGGGGAGGUGUGUGUGAGUGUGUGUGAGUGUGUGUGAGUGUGUGUGGGGUUCUUCUGUUCGACCUUUGUGACCUCCAUGCCAGUUUUCAAGCAAACGCCUCCCCGUUGAUAUUUCUCGGCAUGAGAACAGAGCACAAAUACAAGCUGUUACAAUUCUCCAUCCUCUGCUUGUUUGUCUCGUUUUGUUCUUUGAGCUGGUUUGACAGAAUGGGACCACGGAAAAACACAAUUACAGCAGAAACCUUGAGCCGUUUACAUGCACUCUUAAAUAAUUUAGUAAAGUUCAGAAAACGUAUAGACUACACUUUUACUAAAAACACAUUUCCUGCUGCUGGAAUGGACCAGAAAAAACCACAUAUGAGCAUCCGCCAAUGAAAGACGCGCUGAAGGAAACAGAUAAAGCACACAGACUUUGUGCAUCUAACAGAUCUCCAUCAGGUUUUUCUGAUCAACAUCUCAUCAAUCCCACGUUCCUGCAGAUUUCUCACAUUUGUAGUAAAAAGCAGAAAUAAAAACACUGGGAUGUGGAGAAAAUGUACUUUUCUAUUGUAAUAAUGUUUGAAUGCAGAGGGAGGGGCUGAUCGGGGAUGUGAUGCUUUUUGUGAUGUCGCUUUAUUUAAAUACAUGACUAACUCUGAUUGGCUGCAGCUUGUGUUCUCAAUGAUGUCACUGACAUGCACCCGGUGGACGCCAUUGGUUGACUACAGUAAACAUGGCAUUCACACUC